AUGACGAUUACCUCAGUGCAGACCCUUUCGCCCGGUCGCCUUGCGGUCACUCCAACCGAGAAGAACGCGGCGAAGCCUCCUCCGAAAAUAUACAAUGUCCAGGAUAAUCCGUUCAAAGGGUAUCAACCGCCGCAACCUGAUGGGUACGAACGGAGCAGGGCGAAGCCCGCUACAAGCGCUAUCGUGAUCGAUAAUGGAUCAAGUCUUCUCAAGGCGGGCUGGUCUUUCGACAAGUCGCCGCGCCUCAUCCUCCCCCCUGUGAUGAGUCGGUACCGCGAUCGAAAGCUCAACAAAGCUUGUCAAUUUAUCGGUUACGACGCCUAUGUGGAUGCCACGACUCGAGGUCAGCUGCGGUAUGCUUUUGACCCUGGUACAAAUGUGGUUGGAAACUGGGAUGUAAUGGAGGGAUUGCUGGACUACGUGUUCAUCAAGCUGGGAGUUGAUGGGGCCAACGGAGGCGUUGAUCGGCCUAUCGUAAUGACAGAGCCGAUCGCGAAUCUGAACUACCCCAGAAGAUUGAUGAACGAGAUCCUGUUCGAGUGCUAUUCGGCACCAUCUGUCGCUUACGGAAUCGACUCAUUAUUUUCGUACCGGUACAACAAAGGCACCGAUGGUCUGAUUGUCUCCUCGUCCCACACAUCGACGCAUGUCAUCCCUGUCCAGAACUCGAAAGCCUUGCUCUCGAAUUGCUCGCGGUUGAACUGGGGUGGCAUGCAUGCGUCAGAGUACUUGCUCAAGCUUAUGAAGCUAAAGUACCCCACGUUUCCCGCCCGAAUGACCGAAAGCCAGAUGGAAGAUUUGGUUCACAAGCAUUGCUACGUAUCUACAGACUAUGACCGCGAGCUGAGCAGCUAUCUCGAGUGGACAGGGCUUGAGGACAGGGACCAUGUCAUUCAAUAUCCUUUUACGGAGCAUGUGGUGCCAGAGAAAACUGAGGAGGAACUGGCGCGGAUUGCAGAGCGGAAGAAGGAGAGUGGACGUCGCCUGCAGGAGCAAGCUGCAAAAAUGCGGCUCGAAAAGUUGAUGAAGAAAGAGCAGGAGCUGGAGUACUGGAAGGAUUUACAGCGUGGACUUGCGUCUGAAACGAAGAAGGAAGCGAGGCGCAUCUUGGACUCUGAGGAUCUGAAAGAUGAGGCACAUCUAGACCGGCUGAUUCGUGACCUCGAACGAUCCAUCAAGCGCUCUAGAAACCGAGAUCUAGGAGUCGAAGAGACUGAAGAGCCUCCUGAAGAUAUGUCUUUCCCACUUCUGGAUGUUCCGGACGAAGAGCUGGACGAGGCAGGCUUGAAGGAGAAGCGUCACCAGCGACUCAUGAAGUCGAACAUCGAGGCUCGGCAGCGUGCCAAGGCCGAGAAGGAACGCGAGAAGGCACGAAGAGAGGAAGAGGAGCGACUGGAUCGGGAGAAGCGUGAGAACGACUUUGAGAACUGGGUUGCCGAACGAAGAGCUGCUCGCCAGAAUAUCCUGCAAAAGAUCAAGGAGCGCGAUAGGAUGAAGGCGGAUCUGGGCAAUCGCAAGUCGCUCGCCAGCCAAAUGCGUAUGAAAACCCUUGCAAACCUCGCUGCGGAUGGGCCGAAGAAGCGAAGGAGAGGUGGUGACGACGAUGAUUUCGGCGCCAACGAUGAGGACUGGGGUGUUUAUCGCACAGUGGCGACCGGGGAACAGAGUGACGAGGAGGAAGAGGAAGACCUCGGCGAAAUGCUCGACAACGUUGAGAACGAGCUUCUUCAGUACGAUCCCGAGUUUACAGAGAACCACACUCUCGCUGCGCAGUCUGACUGGACCAAGAGCCUGGUACAUGUUUUCCUGCGUGGACCCUGGCCAUUUGACCCUGAAAGUCAGCGUGAGGCUAAUCAGAUCCAUCUCAAUGUUGAGCGGAUCCGAGUGCCCGAGGUCGUUUUCAAGCCAUCGAUUGCCGGAAUCGACCAGGCUGGCCUCUUGGAGAUUGCGGCCGGUAUCGUUAACCAGCGGUUCUCUAACCCAGAGGAUCAGGCCAAACUGCUGCGUGACGUGUUCCUCACCGGCGGCAACACUCUCUUCAAAGGAUUCGAUGAGCGAAUUCGCAACGAGUUUGGGGGAUACCUACCUGUAGAUGCGCAACUGAAUGUGCGCCGGGCCUCGGACGCGGUGCUGGACGCAUGGAAGGGUGCAGCACAAUGGGCAUCCGGAUCGGGAUUGAAGAAUUACUCUGUGUCGCGGGAGGAAUAUCUGGAAAAAGGAAGCGAGUACAUUAAGGAGCACGACCUGGGGAAUGUCACCUCGUGGUAA